AUGGCCCCGCUCAGGCAGUGCCUCAUGCCGGUGGCGGCCUUCGUCAUGGCCAUGCACCUCCAUGCCGGGGCAUGCUCAGCGGCGGAGGUGCUGAUCGGCACCCCCCGGGUCAUAGACGGCGACACGCUGGAGGUAGCUGGCACCCGCGUGCGCCUCUUCGGCAUCGACGCGCCCGAGAAGAAGCAGGCUUGCCUGGACGGCAGGGGCGAGUCCUACCUCUGCGGCCAGGCCGCCACCUCCGCGCUCAGGGAGGUGAUCGGCGAUGCGCCAGUUGCCUGCACGGUCAAGACCAAGGACAUGUACCGGCGCUCCGUGGCGGUGUGCACCGUGGUCCGCCCGGGCGAGCGUCCGCUGGACCUGAACGCCUGGCUGGUGGAGGAGGGGCAUGCCGUCGCUUACCGCCGCUACAGCAAGGACUUUGUGCCCGCAGAGCUGCGAGCCCAGGAGGCCAAGCGCGGCAUCUGGGCCGGCCGCUUUGAGCUGCCGGAGGGCUGGCGGCACAAGGAAACCAUGCCGCAGUGGUUCCAGUGA